ACCAUGAUAAGCGAUGCGAUCUUCUAUGAGACGGCCUCAAUGCUCUUCAUUCGCUAGCAACACCAGGAGAAAUUUCGCCAUGGCUCUCAUGGCUUGUCUCUGGUCAACUCGCGAUGGCGCCCUGUGUCCGAACAAGAUCCGCCUCCACUUCCGGUAAUUUUCCGCCCCCUCCUAGCGACUAGCAUUAGUUUGCGACGAAUUUGGUUCCGAAGCGCACCCGUAGAAGCCACCAUGAGCCUGACAGCGCCGGACGGGCCGUACGAGGUGUCGACGGUGGAGCUCGAGAUCCCCGCGAGAUCUCCGCGGGUGUUUGAGCAGGGCAAGUUCCUCCUCGGUGGCAAGGACGCCUUCCGGUUCGAGACUGUCCUCCUGACCAUCUUCUAUCCGACAUCGCUGCGAGAGGCCGGUCAACGAACGCGGAGCAGAAGCGGCACCUCGUGGCUACCCCAGCCCAAGCUGCGGAGUGUCGAAGGGCUAAUCAAAUAUGGCAAGAUUCCAAAGAUCUUCACGCUUCCGGCCGCCCUGGUGCUGCCCUUCAUGUCCAGGCUGCCAUACGUAGCCAAUGGACCCCUGGCGAGCCAGGCUCCUACCCUGACAACAGCAAAGGCUGGCGAUGAGAAUGACGCACCGACUUCUGCCAAGCCCUCAACGCUCUUUCCGGUCGGCGUCUUCAGCCACGGUCUCGCUGGAUCCAAGACAACCUACUCAAAUUACCUUGCAUCGCUUGCAAGCCAGGGCAUGGUGAUCGCAGCCGUCGAACACCGGGAUGGUAGUGGACCCGCAACUACAAUACACUAUCCAGCAAAGGAAGGCUCCAAAGCCAAAGAGGAGGCUCUCAUCUACUUCAAGCAUGCCGAGCUAGACAUGGAUAAGGAGACGGGCAAGCCCAUGUCAGACGAGGAUGAAAUGAGGACGGUGCAGCUCAAGCUGCGCCAAGCUGAGGUGCUAGAAGCGCUGCAUGUCUUGGAGAAGAUCGACAGCGGGGAAGGAGAUGACCUAGUCCGCGCCAGCACUGUGCGCGGGGGCCAAGAAGGCGCAAAGCUGUCAGAGUGGAAAGGAAAGCUCGACUUGGCUUCAACUUGGAUGCUUGGACACUCGUUUGGUGGUGCGACAGCAAUCGAAAUGAUUCGCACUGACGAGUCUCCCUUUCGCCAUGCUCUCGUCCUCGAUCCUUGGCUUGAGCCUAUCGCAAAAGCUGGCGAGACAACGCCACUCAGACGACCUCUGUUCUGCAUCAAUUCGGAGCACUUUACCGUCUGGCGAGCGCACUUUAAACAGGUACGGGAGCUCGUCAGUGAGGCAAAGGCGCAGACGGGCAACGGCUGGCUCUUGACGAUGACCAAGACGAAACACACAGACUUCUCGGACUUCCCCUUCCUCAUGCCCAGGCUCUUCAAGACACAGACGGACCCCCACAGGUUCCACACUCUCCUGUCCGAAGCCUCUACAAAGCAAUUCUCGGGCACGUUUAGCCUUGACGCUUUGUCCCUCCCAGUGAGAGAAGAAGCAGAGGGCGAGGUACAGGCUAGAGACAUGGGCGAACCAGGCCAAGUCGUCCACCAUCCACUGCUAGAUGGCCAAGAUGCGCAUUUAUAGACUAAUACGAAGCAUUUGACGGUUCUGAGUCCGUCACACGUGGAACUGUC